UUGAAACAACGAUCUGCCGCACCUGUCCAGAACGACAUGCCCACGUCGGGCCCGUCAUCCCCGACGAACACUUUAUAAUCGCCAACGCACGAGCAUAUGUCCACGCAUUCUGUCGCGGGCUCGGACGACGACCGGAGAUGGUCGUCGGAGAGCCUUAACGUUCGAGAUUCGGCAGAACUCCUUCCCACAUCACAUGAUCUUCGGGAAGCAUUAGAGGUAGAAGCCGCAACACCACAUUGGAAAGAGAACUCGAUAAGCGAUACGUGGCAGAACUAUAUGCUAGUUGCUCGACGGUGGAUCUUUAAGAAUGAUGUCGGCGGGUCCGACAGUUUUGCGAAGGCAUGGAUGAGGAAAGCUCUGGUGGCAGGCUCCUAUAUUCUUGCUUGGUAUACCACGUCUCUGGUGCUGUCAUUAUAUAACAAAUGGCUCUUUUCGGAGGAUCACUACAAUUUUAAAUUCCCCCUCUUUACGACUAUGAUACACAUGAUUAUGCAGUUUACAUUAUCUGGUGUGGCGGUCGCAUUUAUAUGGCCGCGAAUGCGUCCAGCACGGCAUCCUGCCGUGAAAGAUUAUUUUACGAAGGUUUUGCCAUGUGGUGUCGCAACGGGCAUGGAUAUCGGUUUGUCAAAUAGUAGUUUAAAGGUCAUCUCCCUCUCCUUCUACACAAUGGUGAAAUCCGGAGCACCCGUCUUUGUUCUCCUUUUUGCUUUCCUAUUCGGGUUGGAGAGGCCGACGUGGACAUUGAGCGGCGUUAUAGUCGUCAUUUGCUUCGGCGUGUUUCUCAUGGUCCUUAAUGAGACUGAAUUCAACUGGGCCGGUUAUGUGGAGGUUCAGAUUGCUACGGUAUUGUCAGGCUUACGCUGGGCUUUGACGCAGAUGCUCCUGGAACGCGAAUCAAUGGGGAUGAAUAAUCCGUUGGCUACAAAUCUAUUCCUCGCUCCUUUAAUGGCGCUGUCGCUUUUGAUUGCAUGCUCCGUCAUGGAAGGCAUCCCCACAGUUUUUCAAUCACCGUUCUUUGCGACAUUUGGGUCGACUCUCAGUAUACUAGGCACAAUAUGCUUGGGCGGAUUCAUUGCGUUUUUAAUGGUUGUGAGUGAAUUCUUCCUGAUCUCAACCACAUCCGUUGUCACAUUUUCUAUUGCUGGAAUCUUCAAAGAGAUCAUUACUAUUAUUGCAGCGGCAAAGGUGUUUGGGGACGAGUUUCCGGCGAACAAGAUAGUAGGGCUUAUCAUUAGUAUCUCGGGAAUUGCUGGAUAUAAUUACUUGCGGAUCCGACACAUGAGAAAGAAGCAUAGAGCAGAAACACGCAAGACGAUAGGACCUUUUCAGGAAGGUGUAGACGAGGAUGAGGAGGAUGAGGAUACGAGACUAGUAGCUGCAGGAAGGGGUUUGUACGGUUUUCACCCUGUGAAUGCCAUCGCGGGAUCUAGACCGAGUCGUGAAGAGGAACUUGAUCUGGAGUUCAUCGGAUAUGACGAUGUUGAGCUUAAUGACGAUACUGAUUCACCGUGACACGUUCUUAAUUGUUGCGAGGUGUUCCAUCUCGGUGACAGUCAAAACCAUUCGAAUGUGAAUAUGCCCAUCUAUUCCUUUAAGAGUAUAUAUGAUAUGCCACAAGGUUCAAAAACUUACUAUAAGAAAACUACCAGCGCCAUAUGCGCUAUCUAUCCUUAUCUAAAAGAGUGGCUGACUUAUUAACUCCA